CAGCCCUGACGCUUCCGGGGGACCACUUCCUUCUUUGUCUCCUAGCAACGGCGGGUAGCGUUGUUGACAUCCCGGGAGGCUGUGCCGCCGGCCUGAGCCCAGAGUUUCGCGGCCUCCUCGAUGGCAGAGGUGGAGGAGACCUUAAAGAGGAUCCAGAGCCAUAAAGGGGUUAUUGGAACUAUGGUUGUAAAUGCAGAAGGUAUUCCCAUCCGAACAACCUUGGACAACUCAACAACUGUUCAAUAUGCAGGCCUCCUUCAUCACCUGACAAUGAAAGCCAAAAGCACAGUUCGUGAUACUGAUCCUCAGAACGACCUGACUUUUCUUAGGAUCAGAUCAAAGAAACAUGAAAUCAUGGUAGCUCCAGAUAAGGAAUAUCUUCUGAUUGUCAUUCAGAAUCCAUGUGAAUAGACCUGCAACGGCCAAGGCUGUCUAAGCGACACUGGGUUGGAAACACUUGGCUCUCUCAUGAGUAUUAAAAUUCUGUUUCAAUCUAACUGACCUUUCAAACAUUCUUUUCUAUUUCUACAUCUAAACUGUUCUGCAUUUCUCAUUUAGUCUCUUUUGAUUAUAUUGUGAAGUUGUACUUGAGUGAUACAAUAAAUGAAUUCUGGUA